AUGGCGCCAGCCGCCAAGUCGACUGAGUCUGCUCGACGGAAGUCAGGGACGCAGAAGCCAACCAUGAUCCAUACGAUCAAGGUCCCAUCCAAGGCCCUCGGAGACCUUCUCAGCCUUGAGACCACCAGCGACGAAGGCACCCCGGCGCAGGAGUCUCUCGAAGUCAAGUCGUCGCCAGCCUCCCAGGCUGCACCAUCUGCCGCGCCUACCGCCAAUGGCGAGGAUGCAUCCGACUCCAAUGCCGCGACACCACAGCCAGAAGGAACCCCUGGCCCGGCAACACUGGCUCCUCCUGUAGAGGGUGGCAAGAAGAAGGGUGUCAAGCGAUCUGCCGCAAAUGGCAACGGAGACUCGGCUCCAAAGCAACGAGGAAAGCCCGGGCCCAAGAAGAAGCCUCGCCUUGAGGAUGGAACCAUCGACCACGCGACCGCGUCGAACCGAGUAGCCGGCGGACAUAAACUCGGCCCCAAGGCGAACCAGGGCGCUAUCAAUGCCGGACUUCGUGCACUCGAUAGAUCUGGCAAACCUUGCCGCAAGUGGGCCAGAGGAGGAUUCACCCUCAAGAGCUUCACUGGCGUCGUCUGGGAGGUUUCGCGAUGGACAGCCCCCCCAAAGAUAAACCCCGAUUCCGCAACCGAGGACUCGGCCGCUCCAUCCGCGGACAACAGCAGCGGCAAGGAGAAUAAGGAAGAAGUGCCCGGCGUUAUUAGCACUGCCAACAGCAACAUCGGCCCUGACGUGGAGAUGCAAAGCGCGCCACCCAGCGUUCAUGCUUCCUCGCCAGCCCCGGCGGCUAUUGCGGCGGCUUCAUAA